CCCAGGCACCGGAUCCUCCAGGACAGCAGGGGGUGCCCUGGGCCCCAGCUCCUUCCCGGGACUCCACAGCUGAACCUCCUAAGUCUACCCCUUCAGUACCUGCUCCUGGUGAAAAGCAAAGGGGGUGAAGCAGAGAAAUUCAUCUAGGGUCAGAAGCUGGCCCUGGCCCCUCUCCCCCCACACUGGUCUCUCCUGAGGUUGUGACUCCAGGAAGCAAGAGUGCUGAUUCUAAGGGCAGAGACAUGGGCCCUACCAGCUGGGUCUUCCUGCUGUCCCUUGUGCUGGGGAUCUUGGGCACAGAUGAGGAGAAGCCAGAGAAUCUCCUGGAGUCAAUCUGUGGGCGGCCGGCAGUCUUGACCAGCAUUGCCUCGGGCAGGGAGGCCACCGCGGGGCAGUGGCCCUGGCAGGUCAGCAUCCGCCAGGGCCUGUCUCACGUCUGCGCUGCCACCCUCAUCUCAGAACAGUGGGUGCUAACGGCGGCCAGUUGCUUCUGGUCUAAGGACACCAGAAAAUAUCAUGUACUGAUGGGGUCACUGCAGGCCUUUGGUCGCCCAGACACCAAAGCUACGCUAAUACCAGUGUCCAGAGUUGUCUCCUACCCUGACUUCCAGGAAAACACAUCUAGCACCAUUGCUGUGGCAGAACUGGCCUACCCAGUUUCCUUCAGCCCAGCAGUCCUGCCCAUCUGUCUUCCCUCAUCCGCAUUCCAGCUGAAGAACUCAACCUCCUGCUGGGUAACUGGAUGGGACAAUCACUCUGUCAGGAUUUCUAAUAACCUGAAGAUGCUGAGAGUGCCCCUCAGUCAUCUCCAGACAUGCAGGGACUACUAUCAGGAGAGUUUGCUGCAGCCAGUCCAGCCUGUCCUCAGUGAACCCACGAUCUGCUCCAAGCCCCUGGCGUCACAGAGAGAUCACUGCAUAGGCAGUAAAGGAGACCCUCUGAUAUGUAAAGUGGAGGAUUUCUGGGUCCUGGCAGGAGUGGUGAGCUGGACAUCAAACUGCCUCCAUAGCAGUGAGCCUGCAGUAUAUACAAACAUCAGUUUGUACAAAUCUUGGAUUGAGAAGUUAGCCAUCUCAUUUACUAACUUUUCUGCUACCCACCAUCUGCACUUCUCUGGGCUCUUCACUGCUAUGCUUCUGCCUUUCAUUCUAGGGGGCUGCAAUAACUGAGGCCAACAAGGAAAGCAAGAUCUCCAGCAUGAAUAAAGUUUGAUUGUUUUUAACAAUCA